AUGGCGACGUAUCCACCGCGGAGGCUGCUGGGAGCAAGACCUUUACCCUCUGACCCCCGCCGUGACCCCCGUCGCUCCGGCUUCGCUCGAGGCGGCUGCGGCGGAAGGUGGGGAGAAGCGCUCGCCUGGCGGACGCGGCCAGGGGUGGGUGCAGCGCUUCUCGCGCGUCGGUCGACGGUGAGGACGAGCGCGGCGCACCGGGGCGCCCUCCCAGGGCUCCACCGUGCGUCCCGCCGGCUUCCGGGGAGGCGCGGCGCUGCGAUGAGGCCGUUAUGGAGAGCGGGGCCUCUGCAGGUCCUCCCCGGACUCUGGCGUCGAGUCGGAGCGGGUCUGGGUCGGAGUCGGGCGUCGAGUACGGGACGGGAUGGAGAGGCCGCGUGGGUCCGCCCACCUGGGGACGCCCAGCGUGUUUGUGUUUGUGUGGGACACCCCGCCUCCGCGCGUCCUCGCCGCGGGCCCCACGGCCUCCACCUGCAGCGGACCUGCUGGCUGCGUUCUGCUCCCUCUGGAGCCGCCCGCCGGCCGCGCACUUCCGAGACCCCUGGCGCAUCGCAGUACCUCCCGAGUAGAAAAUUCAAAGAGGAACAACACUAUCCUGUUUGUCCCCUCCCACAACAGUUCCUUCCUGCCUCUUCUGCUUUCUAUUCCUUUCAGCCACACAUUAAAAUCACUUGGAAGGCUCGAAACUACUCACACCAGGCUGCCCAUCGGAUCAAUUACAUCACAAUGUCUGGAGAUGGGAAUCUGAGAAAUCACUACUUUUCAAAACUUCCCAGAUGGGAUCUCAUCAUUUUUCCUAGGCUAAUCUUAAACUCGGGCUCAAGCAAUCCUCUUCCCUGAGCUGCUCAAGCAGCUGAAGCUGCAGCCACUUGUCCCUGCACCAAGCAAGAAGUCUUUGAAAGAAAAAAUUGCUCAACUCAUCAUACUGAAUGAACAGUUCAUACAAGAAUGAACUCCAAGUGAAUAUGAGAUCUUGAUGUUCAAAUUAACUAUGGAUGCUAGAAGAAAACAAAUGAUUUCCUCUAUAACCUGGAUGAAAAGAAUGCUAUUUAUACAUGGCAUAGAAUUCCAACAAAAUGAAAACCCAGAAGCCAGUGAGCUGGUGGGUAAAGGCACUGGCCACCAAGCUUGAUGGCUUCAUUUUGAUACCUGGGAUUCUCCUCCCUCCCACAGUUGUCCUCUGAUCUCCAUAUAUAUGCCCUCCAUGAAUAAACUAAUUUAAAA